AUGUUAGCGGUAUCGACUUUGCCAUCUUCACAAACACAACCACAUAGUUUAUCAAUAACUCAACAUGUUCAACCACGGAUACUACACAGACGGAUUACAUCAGAUGUUAAUAAUGACGAUGAACUCUAUCGUCCUCGAACCAUUUUAAUGGAAAAAACUCAUGUGGAUCAGUCAUUUGGAUUUUCGAUACAGACAUUCGGCUUUUCCACUGUACAAGAUUUAGCUCGUUUGAGUUUGUUGUCAGUACCAUCAAUCGAUGAAUCGACCUCAACAUCGAGUCGAAAGUCAUCUUCGUCCACUGCCACAACAACAACCUCAACUCCAUUUUCCCCAUCGAUUCACAUUUGCACAUAUGUAGACUCAGUUCAAGAAAAUAGUUUAGCAUGGAAUAGUGGUUUACGGUCGGGUACAGUAAUAAUAAGUGUAAAUGACGUAUCUGUUGAAAACGAUCAUCAUGAACAUAUUGUGCAGCGGAUAUGUCAUGAAUCACGAUUGAAACUAGUUGUUCUACAACAAAAUAUUCACCGUCAAAUAAUUCUAUGUGAAAAACUUCAGCUGCUUCAGCGACAACUGAAAGAUAAACAGGAUGAAUAUGAUCUAUUAGCUCAACAAGAACAACAAAUCAUUGAGGCAACAACUGUAACAACUGCCGCAUCUGACACGGUUGUUGAUGCUGCUCAUUAUUCUUCAAUAAUUCCACUUGAUUGGCGACAAUCGAUAGUUAGCUUCGCUAGCCAUACAUUACAAUCGCAAAAACGAAACUCUCGUUAUUCGAAAGGACAUAAGCGAGACCAGCGUAGUCUAUCUUUAUCAACAUUUCGUUUGCAUUAUUCCAAAUCGUCUUCGUCUUAUCGUUUUUCAGGAAGAACAAAAUCGGCGGCACAUGAACGUCAUGGACGAUCUUUAUCGUACGAAGAACUGAGUCCAUCAACUAAUCAUAAACGUUAUUCGUAUGAUCCAUAUUUAUCGAAAUUAAAUUACAGUAAUAGUUUAGAGUCAUCUUUGAAUGCAAUCCAUAAAAAUUAUUCUCUCUCCGGUUGCUCAUUAGCCGGAGGAUUAGGACAUGAAAUGUUGCAAAAUGAUGAUGAUCAGCUCUCCUUAUUGGAUACAGUUUUUGGAUUUUUUGCUCGUAAAACUGAUUUUUAUACAUCUCCAAAUAACGAAACCAAACCAGAACAAUUAGUUCUAAAUGCCUAUCAUAAAUGGGAAAAGGUGGCACAAGAAAAACACAAAAAAGAGAAAGCGGAACGUGAUGAAUCUGAUCGUAUUCGACGUGAAAAACUACGACGUAAACGCGAAGAAGAAGAUGAACGCGCUAAAGAAGUGGAGAAUUCAAGAAUUAUCGAAGUCACUGAUGAAGAAGCAGAAAAAAUACAACAAGAAAAUAAAAAAUUACAAGCUAAAAAACAUGCGUCUGGUGAUCAUAUUCUUACGGACAGUAUUGAUACAGAAAAGUCUGCAACAACUCCGACAACAAUGGAAAAUAGUUCAGAAGAACAAAAAACAGAGACGGUAAAGAAAACUGAUGGAACAUCAGAGAAAGCAGAAGGUGACGAUGAUGAUGAAAAAGAUGAAGAUAAAGGAAAACUAAAACCCAAUGCCGGAAAUGGAUGUGAUUUACCAAAUUAUAGUUGGACGCAAACAUUAGAGGAAAUUGAUGUAAGUGCUUGGAUUCGCAUUCCGUUAAAAACAACUGGACGUUUCAAAUCAAAGGAUAUUAUCGUGAAAUUUGAACGAAAGCAUCUUCAUGUUGCUGUACGUGGUCAAACGCCUAUAAUUGAUGCUGAAACCUUUGCUGAUAUCAAAAUUGAAGAAUCAAUGUGGACACUAGAUGAAGGAAAACUUAUUGUUGUACAUUUGGAGAAAGUGAAUAAAAUGGAAUGGUGGAGUCGUAUUGUUUUAACUGAUCCAGAAAUAAAUACUAGAAAAGUUCAACCAGAAAAUUCAAAAUUAUCUGAUUUGGACGGUGAAACGCGUGGUAUGGUUGAAAAGAUGAUGUAUGAUCAGCACAGACGAGAUGCUGGACUUCCAACGAGUGAUGAACAAAAGAAACAAGAUCUGUUGAAAAAGUAUGGCUAA